AUGCUCUGGUCUAGAGAGCAGCGGGCCUUCGCAGUUGAGAGCUUCUUUUCUAACGGUCGCUCACUUGUUACUACGCAACGUGCCUUCCGCGCUCGCUUUGAAAUUCCUCCUCACAGACUCGUUCCUGGCCGUAAUUCGAUUCUGUCGUGGUUUAACUCAAUUCGGGAGUAUGGAAGUGUCGCGAAAUCGCUAAACGCUAAACUUCAACAGACCAUCAGAACUCCGGAAAAUAUCGAAAGAGAAAAGGAAUGGACUAAAUUGUUGGACCAGGAAUGGAGGAAGGGGAACUUAGGGGUUCUACCACUCGGACAACUGGCAUUAAGUUGCUAA